CGUGUGCUUUUCGAGUCUGCCAUGUUUUGUCCUAUUUGUCGCGCUUGAUCAACGCGUUCGCGUUUACUGUUCAAAACUGUUAUUUUCUGAAUGUAUUACGGGCUGUGUUUUGUUUACAAAUAGUGUAGUUAUUGGUGUUGUAAUUAUACUGCUAAUACUUUUGAUUAGGCAAUCACUUUGAUACUUGAGAAUGCGACAGUGAAGUUCGUAUUUCAUAAAAUUUAUAUUCGUUAGCUGGCCAUCAACUGUCUGCAUUCGGAGGCAUUCCGUCGUAAUUUUUGAAAUAUUCUAAUCUGUAAAUGUGAUUUCAUAAUAUUUUGUCGGUCCCGUCUAUGACGCAACCCACGUGCACAUAUUAUAGCGAGCAUCUCAUGCACAUUUGUUAUUAUUUUGUUCGCGAGUUCGAUUCGGAGCAGUGAGGAUCGGAUCGGCGAAGGGAAACCGCGUCGCGCGUCUUGCUCACUCCUAUCGCGUUCGGUCGAAUUCUUUAAUUUGUGGGUAAUAUUGGACGGUGAUUUCUAAUCGGGUGUGAAUUAAUUAGUGCGGGAUAGUGUUGUUGGUCGAUGUGAUUGGGUGCAGCGCACAUAGCGCACACGUGACACGGGACGAGUGUUUGGGUGUCAGUCGGUUGCGGCUCGCGGGCGCCGCUACAGUCCGCCUGCAGUGCGGAGCGCGCGACGGGCGUUAGAGGUGAAUCACCGCUCGGUGCCGUUUUGAUCGUGCUUGUUUACCCGCGUGUGCAUAAGUGCGUGGAGCGGAAGUGCAAGGCAUGUGCGCCGCGCGUCGGCGCCGAUGACACCGCCGUCCGGGGCGACGGCGUUUUGAGCGCGAGUGUGUGAUAGCUAUGUUCCUUGGGUUAUGAGUGUGUGACAAAGUUGUAGUGCGCUGAGGACACUGGAGCCCCUAGACGGAGUUGGGCCCGCCGGGGCGGCCCUGGUGCUUCUCGGGGCUCCUCACGAAGGCAAAAUGGCUGCGUGGAACCGCCACCACCAUUUCAACAUGCUCAUGGAUGAGAAUGCCAAAAAUAAGUUGGGCGUGGUUGGCGGCGGCAUGCCGGAGGCCGCCGGCGGCGAGCGGCGCCACGUGCCGUUGUACGGGAGACUGGUGGCCGAAGACCAGCUGGCGUCCAUGUCCGCGCCCUCAGACAUUCAGGUGAGCGCCACUGUGCGCGACCCCCGAGCUUUCUGCUGCUACCAUACCCCCGCCCAGGCUAUGCAGGCCCGAAUACCACAUCACUUUCGAGACCCCUCGACAGCACCUCUAAGAAAACUCAGCGUAGACCUCAUCAAAACCUACAAACACAUAAACGAGGUAUAUUACGCGAAGAAAAAGCGGAGAGCGCAACAGUACCUGGGCGAGGAUGGGUCGCACAAAAAAGAGCGGAAGUUAUAUAACGACGGCUAUGAUGAUGAUAACCAUGAUUACAUCAUCAAACAGGGCGAGAAGUUCCUCGACCGAUAUGAGAUCUCCUCGCCGAUUGGGAAGGGAUCUUUUGGACAGGUUGUGAAAGCGUAUGACCACGAGGAGCAGUGUCAAGUAGCGAUAAAAAUAAUUAAGAAUAAGAAACCCUUCCUAAACCAGGCACAAAUAGAAGUCAAGUUACUAAAAAUGAUGAACAGAGCGGAUCCUGAAAAUAAGUAUUAUAUAGUGAAACUGAAAUGUCACUUUAUGUGGCGGAACCACCUGUGCCUAGUGUUCGAGCUGUUGUCAUACAACUUGUACGACCUGCUACGCAACACCAACUUCAGAGGCGUCUCGCUCAACUUAACGCGCAAGUUUGCGCAGCAGUUGUGCACAGCGUUACUGUUCCUUAGUCAACCUGAACUAAAUAUAAUUCACUGUGAUCUUAAACCCGAGAAUAUACUACUAUGCAACCCGAAGAGGUCAGCCAUUAAAAUUGUGGACUUCGGGAGCUCAUGUCAACUAGGUCAAAGGAUAUACCAAUACAUUCAGUCGAGGUUUUACCGGUCGCCGGAGGUUCUACUGGGCGUCCCGUACGACCUUGCGAUAGACAUGUGGUCGCUCGGUUGCAUACUCGUCGAGAUGCAUACGGGCGAGCCCCUGUUCAGCGGCGCCAAUGAGGUCGACCAGAUGAACAAAAUCGUCGAGGUUCUCGGCAUGCCCCCUGAUCAUUUGUUAGAUCAGGCACACAAAACAAGAAAGUUCUUCGACAAAUUACCAGCGUCAGAAGGCGGUGGUUAUGUAUUAAAGAAAGUAAAUGGAAAGGAUGGAAGCGGUUACAGGAAGUACCGGUUGCCGGGCACGCGGCGGCUACACGACAUCCUGGGCGUGGAGGGCGGCGGCCCGGCCGCACGGCGCCGCGGGGAGCCCGGACAUUCUGUCUCCGAUUAUCUCAAGUUUAAGGACCUAAUCCUCCGCAUGUUGGAGUACGACCCCAAGCAGCGCGUGACGCCGUACUACGCGCUACAACACAAUUUCUUCAAGAGGACCGCGGACGAGUCCACGAACACACAGCAAGCGCAAUCGCAUCACCAACACGUGGGCGCGCGAGUGUGGGGCGCGGGCGCGGGCGCGGGCGGCGCGGCGGAGCGCAUGGAGGUGGAGGCGGCGCGGCGCUCGGACGAGCUGCUGGCGCCCGUGUGUCCGCUGCCGCACAGCCCCGUCGCCAUCCACUAGCCGCACAGCCCCGACUGAAUCCGAUAUUUAUCAUUCUAUAUUUUUAUUUAAUACGAUAAGUCUGACUGUAAAGAAAUAUUAUGGUGACGAUUUGUUACGUUGUACCGUGUAUUUGUAUUAUUUCGUUUCUUGAUCGCUUCACCGACAGUACUUAGAGAACGUUCCGAGCGAUCGCCGACGAUUCGACGCAUCCGGACGCAUCGAGGGCAUGAGAGCUAGGUUUUUUUAUUGUUACGCGAUGCAUAUCAAGGACGCAAUAUGGUAGAAAAUAAAUAUUGUAUAUAAAAUUUAGGAAACCGACUAAUCGAUACAGACUGCGACAUAAACUGGAUAAUCUAUAGUUUAGUUACGAUCUAUGCUAGUUAGGCUUUCGUUCGGUUUUAAUUAUCGCAAGCUUUAUAUUCUUAAAGUGUCGGCAACUGAUGACUGAAAUUCAAAGGGCCAAUGAGAAUUUGUUUAUACAAACGAUGAAAUAGAUUAAGUAUUUUUGUUAAUGCACAAAUUGAUUCGACUCGACACACUUACUACACAUACACACUUAAAUUAUUUAAUUAAAACUAUGCCCUCGCAUUUCAGAGUUGUUGUAUAAUGUAAAAAUGUUUUAAUUUCCAAUGUAUAAUGCUUGUGAUUAAGUCUCAAGUGUUUCAUUUCACGCGUAUAGGUUACUUUGACCCAUUGGAAUAUUCAGACGAUGUGUAAAACAGAGAAUAGUGUAUAGGUAAUUCUAUAAAACACAAAAUGUACUUGUAGGUUAUGAGAAAUGUUGAAACAUAUAUAAAAAAUUUGGGUAUUUCAGAUAAGAGUUAAUAAAUUGAAUUAAACUGACUUGUUCAACCUUUUUGGAUUUGAAUCUACAAUAGACUAACCUCAUUGCAACAGACUGGUUGAAACUUUCUAAACGGAGAUAUUUUGUAUAGCAUACACUGAAUCACUGCCUUAUUGUGCCGGAACUUUUUAUGUGUAAGGCCCGCUACUAAUUAACGACUUUUUGGUCGCUCGAUAUUAAUAAUCAAAUUAUUGUCAAUAUUUGGUUAUUGAAUUUUGUUGACUUUUAUUUGUGGAUAAUCUUAAAUUGCAUUUAAGAUUGACAAGAAUGUGGAUGCACACAUUCUAGAUAAAGGUUAGCAAAUAUGAUGUACAUGAGGAAUGGGUGAUGAUGUUAUCUCAAGUUGUAGAUAUCUACCGAGUAUGUGUACAGUUGUCCAUUGACUUGAAAGAUCUUGUUAGUAGCGGUCCUGGAGCAUAGCUACUUUAUUCUGACCACGUCAUCAAAUAGUAAAAUUUUUAUGUUGAAUUAUUUUUAGUUAAAAAUUGACUGAAAUGGCCGUUGUUCAGAAUAAAGCAGCUAUUUAUGACGAAUUGCAACUGAUAGCAAAUUAUUUCUUAUCGCAAGGUAUUGUUGCGAGUUUUUUAAGAAGAACCUUCCUAAAUGGAUUUAUUUUUAAACAAACACAUGUAUGGUACAGCUAUUCGUUUACAUGAAGCAUUAAAGUAUUUUUCUAUCGUUAAUUUAUCUAAUAUAAUACGUGCUAUCACUUUCGUUUCAUUGUAGAUUUGAAUCUAUUUCUAAUCUCGCUGUUCUGUACUAUAAAUUUUUCAAAUAUCUGUAUAAUAUUUACUGUAAUACUUUUCUGCUUCAUGAGAUAUAGGGUUGUUAGAAAGAGUAUAAGGAAUAAGUAUGGGAUACACGUUUAAUUUGAUAAUGAUAGAGCAAUAACGAGUAAUCGACUGGCAGGUUUCCAAAUGUAUGUAAAAAUUAUUAAAUUGUGUUCAUCAAGUGUACCUAAUUGUAAUAUACAUUAUUAUAAUUGUUUUAAUAUUUUAGUUCCUUUUAACUUGAUAACUAUGCUAAAAUAGAUGCUGUAUCCACCGUAUAAUAUACAGUUAUAUGGUUUACUCACUGUAACACUUGUGUAUAACUUAAGACAAUUUUAAUUUAAUUUUGUGACAUAGCUACCUUGUUGUGGUAGCGAGAUGAGGGGAAAUCUGCCGUGACAGUGUUUAUAUAUGACAAACUAGUCGGGAUGUUAAGUGAUAAAGAACACGUAAAACACCAACCUUUGAUAUAGUUCUAACUAAAUCCAUUACUCAAGAAUGGCCCUAGAUGUUUGCGCUUGAGUAUGUAAUAUACUAUACUAUUUAUUUGUACUGUGACAGUAUGGGAUUAUAUGGAAUGUGUGAGUUGGCAUGUGGUGGUGCGAUGCGAUGAGCUAAAUUGUUUAUUUCCUAUCGGAUUGUCAGUUCGCAGGCACUGUAACAAUAAAAGGAUAGAGCUUUAUGUCACUAAGUUUUGUAUUUUAAAUCAAUAAACGAUAGCAAUUGA